AUGAUAGGGCUCGGUGGAGCACAGGGGGAUGAAAGCAUGAUAGGGCUUGGAGGGGCACACGGAGUUGGAAGCAUUAUAGGACUUGGUGGGGCACACGGAGCUGGAAGAAGAAUUGGGGCAGGUGGAGGACAAGGUGGAGGAUUACACGGAGCUGGAAGAACUAUAGGAGCUGCCGGUGGAGGUGAACAGGGGGCAGAAAGAAAAACAGAGGGAGAUGGGGCGCAAGGGGCAGGAGGGGGUGAUGAACAUGGGGUAGGAAGAAUGAUUGGGGCAGGUUGGGCACAGGGGCUGGAAGCUGGAGAUAUAAUGACAGGAGCUGGUGAUGGACAAACUGGGGGUGGAGCACAUGGAUUUGAAGGCAUCAGGACCAGUGUGGGCGGUGGCGCCGGCUCAUCGAGGCAUUUGGAGCAUGGUUUCUUUUCUGUAACAAAAUAA